GCAGUUUGCGCUGCGUGGCCACCGGACCUUGGCCGUCUCCCCCAUGUACACGAAGCCGCCACCAGAGGAGGGCUUCAUCUACUUGGGAUCGGCCUGGGUGAGGCUCGACCAGAUGGAUCAAGAAGUGCGCUGCAUGCACAAGUUUGUCAGCUUUGGCGAGGGGAAGGGAUGCGACUACGUCCUCCUGGACCACGGCUGCUACCAGCACAGGCCAAAUGGGCUCUACUGCGACUCCAAGACUGGCCAGGACUAUGGUGACAACUUGUAUCGAUUCGCCAUGCUGUCGCUGGCUGCUUUGGAGGUUCCCCUCAGGCUGAAGUUCAAUCGCGUGGCUUACGGGCAGAAAGUGGCUUUCAUUUCCAACGACUGGCAGGCUGCCCUCGUCUCAGUCUACUUGGCGCAUCGCUAUCGUCGGAAUGGCCUCUACCAAGAUGCCAGGAACAUCCACAUCGUUCACAACCUGGGUGUCUCGUCGGUGUCGCGCAACUACGCCUAUGAGAUACAAACGCCUCAAGGUGGAUUCGGGCUGGACAGUUUCCUCAGCCAGAAGGCAAAGAUGCUCCGUUUCAUUGGGAUCCAAAAUGCACUGGAUGAGGAAUGGGAUCCAAGCACCGUCCCUUGGCCGGUGAAGCAUAGUUUGGGUUCCACAGGUGUUUCGCGUUCCACAUGCCAAAGAAAGCUGGCCAUGGUCCUUCGAGUGCGAGAGUUUGUAGCUGAGGUUCUGUUUGGCUUUGUGGGCCGUCUCACUUGGCAGAAGGGCAUCGACGUGCUUGCGCGGGUGGUUCCGUGGCUGCUGGGUGCUGGCAUGCAGAGCUUUCCUGGGCGAGCGCAGCUUAUCCUCAUGGGCGAGGGCGAGCACCAUGGCAAAAUUCGCGAUGCCGCCUAUGACGGCUUCGCGUGUCUGAUGCAGAUGCAGCAGUAUCAGCACUUGCUGAAAGAGCUGGAGCUACGAAAUCGUGGUCAAGUCUGCGGCUACACCAGCUUCAGCCCAAUAUUGGAACAUCAGAUGAUGGCAGGCUGCGACUUCAUCCUGAUGCCGUCGCGGUAUGAGCCAUGUGGUCUGCCUCAGUUAGCGGCCUCCCUCUAUGGCGCAGUGCCUGUUGUGACAGCCACCGGAGGAUUAAAGGACUCCAUACGAGGCACCCAGGAUGGCGACGCAGCGACUGGCUUCCUCAUACAGCCGCCUGUGAGUGAGACAAGUCUACGGCAGGAGCUGGCUUGA